AUCAUACGAUUGGAAUGAGGAAGUGGGCUUGUAAUACACUAUUUAGAUCUAGCUCUUCGCUGCUUAACCUACUAACGUAGAGGUUUAAAAUGGGGCUUUUUGGAAAGACACAAGAGAAACCACCGAAAGACCUUAUCAAUGAAUGGUCCCUAAAAAUCAGGAAAGAAAUGAGGGUUAUUGACAGACAAAUCCGAGAUAUUCAAAGAGAAGAAGAGAAGGUGAAGAGAUCCAUCAAAGAUGCUGCUAAGAAGGGACAGAAAGAUGUCUGCAUCAUUCUCGCCAAAGAGAUGAUUCAAUCAAAGAAAGCUAUCAACAAGCUGUACGCCUCAAAAGCCCAAAUGAACUCUGUGCUACUCAGUAUGAAGAAUCAAUUGUCUGUACUAAGAGUGGUUGGGGCCAUGCAGAACAGCACAGAGGUCAUGAAAGCUAUGCAAAGCCUACUUAAAAUCCCAGAGAUUCAAGCCACCAUGAGAGAACUCUCAAAAGAGAUGAUGAAGGCCGGCAUCAUCGAGGAGAUGCUGGAGGAUACAAUGGAGGGUAUGGACGAUGAGGAGGAGAUGGAGGAAGCAGCAGAGGCAGAGGUGGACAAGAUCCUCUUUGAAAUCACAGCCGGUGCUCUUGGAAAAGCUCCCAGCAAAGUCACAGAUGCCCUGCCAGAAAUGGAGCCAUCUGGGCCCGUGGCAGCUUCAGAAGAUGAAGAAGAAGUAGAAGAUAUUGAGGAGAUGCAGUCCAGGCUAGCAGCACUGAGAAGCUAAAAGCCCUCUAUUCUUCACCCUCAAGCACUGUAGGCAUAGACAACAGCUCCAUCGCUUAUUUCUUCUGUAGUUUUUCUGUACGAAUUGUACCUAUAAAGACAUCUGGCACUUUGGCACAUUCAUUUUAGGGAUAAUAAUUGCAAACUGUGCAAAAAAAAAAUUAUUCUAUGUAUAUUGAGGAGGAUAUUGAAUAGAAAAUUGGACUCUUUAUUUUAUAGAAUGAAUAAAAACAACAUAUGCUAUGAAGUGAAUAGUAAUGUUAAAUACUCAAACGUGGUAGCAUCUGAUGCAUAUUUCAGCUCAUUGACUUUUUAAGGCCAUUUUGUUUACAGAUAUUUAAAUUCCACCUGUUUAAUUUCUAUGCCUAUAGCUGAACAGCUUGUCCAAUGAUCUUUUGUGCAGUGGUGUGUUUGUUAUAUUGGUGUUGGUCAAGGUCAUUUUGUUUCUCUUGUCAAAUUUGGAUUUUUUUUUCUCAGGCCUUACUUAAGUGAAUAGUUGUUUCCUAUAUCUGGUAAAUUGGUUUUUACUAAGUAGGACAAAUUCAUGGAUACCAUUACUUGUAAAUCUUGUACAAAUACUGAAUAUAAAAAUAUUGAUAACGGGACGCGUUGUUGUUUUGUAAGUAAACACUCUGAUAUAGAUGCAGUGUGGUUCAAAUAGCUAUGAAUAGCAAUAAAGCAAUAGUUAAGCACGAUAACUGGCUGGCUUUUAAAGCUGGCCCGGCCCACACCAGGUGACUCAAACCUGAAUGAACUGAUCCCACUCGGCCUAUUUUUCUACGCAAUUUGGACUUCUGCCUGUUAUUGUUCAAAUCCAGUUAUGUCUUUGUAUUUUUAUUAUCCUUUUGCUAUUUAGGUGAAAGAAAUGCUCAAUGUUUUCCUAGAUACUCCCUGAUUAUGUAAAUGGCUGUAUAUUCAACUGGGCAUAUAAAAGCACGUCAGGUGUUAUUGUACACAUUGCUUUUUGUUUCU